AUGGUAGCUGUCUCCCACGGCUCUGAGGAAGUGCACCCAGGCACCGCCUAUAAACUUCCGUUUCUGGCCUUCCCUCUUUCUUUCUGUGCCGAUAUCGCACCCGCCAACAUGGUGAACGUUCCUAAGACCCGCCGGACAUUCUGCAAGAAAUGUGGCAAGCACCAACCCCACAAAGUGACCCAGUACAAGAAGGGCAAAGAUUCUUUGUAUGCCCAGGGAAAGCGGCGUUAUGACAGGAAACAGAGUGGCUAUGGUGGGCAGACUAAGCCUAUUUUCCGCAAAAAGGCGAAAACUACAAAGAAGAUUGUGCUGAGACUGGAAUGUGUGGAGCCCAACUGCAGAUCUAAGAGGAUGCUGGCUAUUAAGAGAUGCAAGCAUUUUGAACUGGGUGGUGAUAAGAAGAGAAAGGGCCAAGUGAUCCAGUUCUAAGCUGACCUUGUUAUGAAGACAAUAAAAAUCAUGAGCUUUCACUCAACCACGCUUGAUUGUAGUUGGUCUUUUGGGAGGGGAAAAAAAACUGAAGCUGUCAAAAAAUUCCCUCGGCUUGCUGGCUGAGUGCUACUUUAGGAUUGAACCUUGUUGAGCCGGUGUGAAACGUGACUAGUCAUUGGGAUCCCACUUAAC